AUGCAAACGACAUUGAGCACUAUUGAUGCAACCAAGAUCCUGCGGAAAAUCAAGCUUCACUUAUUAGGACACCUUGUAGAAGAUAUCCGCUCAUUUGGACCUUUACUCGGUGUCGCAACAGAAAGCUUUGAAUCAUACAAUGGCGUUUUCCGAGCGUGCUCGGUCCUAUCAAAUCAUCGUGCACCCAGUCGUGACAUUGCUAAGCAGAUUGGAAACCAAGAGGGUCUCAAGCACCGUUUGUCUGGUGGGUGGUGGUAUAACGUGAAGGAUCAAAAAUGGACGCAGUCAGGAUCUGGAGUAAAAAACAUGCUCAAACGCCAUUCAAUUCUUCGAGGGAUGCUUGGUUGGUCCAAGAAGGAGAUAUCUGCACCAGGAACAGUAAUUCAAUGUUCCAUUGGACGCAGGCCGAAUGGAACUCCAGAAGAAAUUUGGAACAAACGCCACAAAGUCAAGCUGAGUGAUACGUUUGCAAAGAAUGCCAUCAACGCAACUUCGUAUGACACGAAUUCCAUCUGGAAUCAAUGUCAAGAAGCUGUGGCAGCUUCUGGCGAUUCUUGCUCCGUGGGCUCUUGGGUUUUCUUCAAAUCCCCAGUCACUCAUACGCCGUCAGUCGGUCGGAUCAGCAACAUUCUUUUACGAGAAAACACAAGCAUCACAAUCAUUGAAGAAUUUUCAGUCGCACCCAAGAAGAAUGAAUUUUUCGGCCUUCCUUAUGUAUACAGAAGACAAGAUGAAGUGAGCUAUGUAAUCAUACCGACGGAGGACAUUAGUUUUCUUCAAAAUAUGCAGCAUGAUUGUCGGAGCGUUGGCUGUGAGGCCACAGGUGUUCGAAAACGCAUGAACGAGCGAAAGGAGACGGAACAGACUCAGUCGUUUAUUGAACACAAAGAAGAAGGUCGAUACCUGAUAAACCUCCAUUCCUUUCACAACGCCCACCUGAUACGACAUGUACUCCCCCGUGAGCUGUGCACCACAGAACCACUCUUCCCAAACUGUUUGGAAAAGCAUCUCGAGAUAGCCAGCAAGUUGCAAGGGUCUUUAGCGAAAAAGAAAGAGGCGACGAGGCAGAGGAGAGCCGAGAAGAAGCGAGAAGCCGAGAAUAAUGCUGACGAUGGACGCGGUAAACGAGCACGCACAGUGGUAACAGAUGAAGGGGUGAACACGUCGGUUUAG